AAAACGACAACGGCUGCUUACAAAAUACAAAACAAUUGAAACCUCAUCAUAAAACGCCAGUCACAUAAAAUUGUAAAAAACUAAAAAAACAAAAUAAUUGAAAUUUUAACAAGUCCAAUUGGGUGAUUUUGGGGGUUUUCUUUACAACCCGGCCACCAACAAAUCGAUCAAAGAAAACAAAUCGUUAACAAAUAAAUUAGCAUUACCGGCCACCGAACCAAACAACAUUAACAUCAACAUCAUAGCCAUUGUAGACCAUUGUGGUUGAGGUGUUGUUUUGCUGUCUGUCUGUCUGUCUGCAGCCGCUAACCCAUAAUUUUAAAGUUAUUAACAUAGGCGAGCUACAUUUUAAGCUCAGCUUACACGGCGCCUAAACCAAGACCCAGUUUGAAAAAAAAACGCUUACUUUCGUUUUAAAGUCAACGGAAAACGUAAAAACGCAAUAAGCCGAAGAAGAAAAACGUAAACAAACAUCGAUAAGAAAACCCAGGAAAACUGUUAUUAAAAAGCCAUCAAAAUGGUUCAUCAAAGUUUCAAAAUGGCUUUGUCCAAGAUCGACACCGAAAUGGAUCAGGAGAAGUAUUUGCGUGAGGUUACCCGUCAUUUUCGGGGCAUUGAGAAACCCUUGAAAUAUGGACCUGUCGUUGAGAACUUGAGCGAUCUGAUAUCUGCGCUCCACUCGGAGUUCUCCACCAACUAUGUCAACAUUGAAAUGGUCAAUCACCUAAUGCUCUCCUACAAAUCCAAUCCCAAGGAGUGGAAAAAGUUUGCCAAAUUCGAUCGUUACAAGUACACCCGUAAUCUAGUGGAUGCUGGCAAUGGAAAAUUCAAUCUGAUGAUACUUUGCUGGGGUGAAGGUCAUGGUUCGACCAUACACGACCACUCGGAUUCGCAUUGUUUCAUGAAAAUGCUAAAGGGCGAAUUGAUGGAGACACGCUACUCAUGGCCCGAGUCCACUACGGCCAAGGAUCAUUUGGAGAAUUUGAAAGAAGGCGAGGAAUUUGAGUACCAUGAUGCCUUGCAGGUGCUGGGCAAGACCACCAUGGGCGUCAACGAAGUAGCCUAUAUCAAUGACAACUUGGGUCUACAUCGUGUGGAGAAUCCCAGUCACUCCGAUACUGCUGUGUCUCUACAUUUGUAUUGCCCUCCCUUCGACACCUGUUCCAUGUUCGAGAAGACCACCGGCAAGCGUGUCCAGUGUAAUGUGACCUUCUGGAGCAAAUAUGGUCUAAAAUCAGAGAACCACUAAUUAUGGCUAUGGCAGCUGUUAUUGUUAUUACUCUAAUCCAUUCCAUAUAUUAUAUUGACUUUACCAAAAAAAAUUAUAAAGAUAGAAAAGUUUGUAGUAGAAUAUAGACAAAGACUUUAAUACUUAUCUAGUGUAGUGGUUAUUUAAGUUUAUCAUAUACGUGUAAAUUAUAUUCAUUAGAUUAGCUAUAAGAGCUCCAUUAAUAAGUUAUUUUUUUAUGAUUAAGUUUACGAUACACAAAUCCAUAUGUAAAUACCUAUAUGAAAUUAAAUCAAAGAUUGAAAAUAUUAGGUAUGCAACAAUGAAAGUUUCUGCAAGGGAUGAAUUGGAUACUUAGGGAAUUUUUCGAUUUUGGAUUAAAAACAAAUGUUGUUUGUAAAUA